AUGCGUGUAAUCAGUGUCAAGAACUUAAAAAAAAUUCGGAAAGCCUUCAGCCUUGCCACUAAGAAACAAGGGGAAAUUGCCAAGCAAAAUGAAAAUCCUAAAAAGCUAUUAGAUAACCUCUGUCUCGGUUUAGAAAAGUUUUUAGGAUUCAACCCUGAUUCCAAAGGCUACGAUGGCACUGGCAUCGUGUACUCAGACCUUGACAGGCUGUGCGACGGGGUGAUGGCGUUCUUGCACGGGGUGCUUAGUGGAGUGAAGGGUGAUGAGAACGUUACAACUUAUGAUGAUAAUCAUGAUAUUAAUAUUACUAAGACAAUUAACAAAUUAAAUGAUAGUGUAGGUAAAGGCCGUGAGGCCUUCGAGAAGGCCGUGUCUCAGGUGGAGGAGAGGACUGGAGAUGUUACAAGGCACUUGGAGGCACUUAAACAUGACAUUAAACAACACAAGGAGAACAUAGAUGCUGACAGUGAAAAGAGUCUUAUUAUUCAAGUCGACGAGUGGAGUACUCGAGCCGGACAGUAUAUCCGUCAUGUAGAGCAGGCCGAUGAGGCCAGCAAAAAAUUGGAUCCACAACUCUCAGGCGACGAAGAGUUUUCUGAAGUCGGCGGGGAAUGA